UAAUUCGGCCGUGAUUCGACCCAUUUACUCCUGUGUGCGUGUGCAUAGAUUAUACACUGCGACCCGAUAACACGCGGUAUGCCCUAAUCAAUGGAUAAUGCGAGGGCACAGUCUAUAAGUUUGGCCUGAUAGAUUAGCCGUAACUUAUAAAAGAGUGUGAUAGCGCAGACAAUUCAGUUCCAAAUUCAGUUAUUAGCCAGGUGGAUUGGUACGAAUAUUUUAAUGCGCGCAAUCGGGCAGAAGCAUUGACAUGAAAAUGCGCCACUCGAAGAAAGUGAUUAGUGCGUGGUGGUUUGCCAUAUUGAUGUUGAGUUGUUUUGAUCAGAUUCAAGCUCAACAACGCAUUUGUAUAAGGUGUACAGAUUGUCCAGAGGAAGUAAGUGGCCUCGAGACAACUGUUUCUUGCGGUUCAAUUUCAAUUCCAGAUAAUUGUGCCAUUUUCAUAAAUAGAGAAGGUCUUGUAGAACGUGGAUGUCUGGGUAACCCAAAUAUAAUUAUUCGUUUAAAAUCGUGUGCGGAGGCCAGAUGUAAUACAGAUCGUGUACCUAUUUGUGAGGAAUGUUCCGAUUUGGAAACCUGCAGAUCGGUACCAUGUGGCAAACUAGAUGAUGAAUGCUACGCGAGUAAAUCAGAUGAUCGCCGCGGCUGCACUUCGGAUGGCUAUUACGAUGCAGAUUUGGACGGUUUCGAAACAUGUGAAACAGACAGAUGUAAUCGGGUGCCGAGCUGUGUCGUGUGCAACUCUGCUAAGCAAAGCGACGCGAACUGCUUGGAUAAGCCGGAAGAGUUCAUUGCAUCGUGUCCUAACCAUGGAAUUAUUAAGGAAGAAAAUUGCUAUCGACAAGUUGAUGGGGACCAGUUCCAGUUAGGGUGCACCUCGGCAAGCGAUUCUCCUGUGAUUUGUGAAGGAGAGUCUGUACCCUGCAGAAAAUGUGAAGCUGAUAAUUGCAAUGCAAAAGCUUUCCAAACGUGCUACGUCUGCAAUAAUGAGAUAAACUGCCCACAGAACCAGUUGUUCGCCAAUCAGGUUCAGUCACUGCCUUGUUCCGAAUACAACGCCGGAUGUGUUAUGGGGUAUGACUACGAUACUAAAUAUACACUUCGAGAUUGUUCAGAUCAAUUACCAGCGGCGAUGCUUGGGGAUAUUGUCGUACCGUGCGAUACUCCCAAUUGUAAUUUUGCCGAAUUUCCUUCACAUUUGAAAUGCUAUCAGGAAACGUUAGGUGAAGUUGAAUUCUGCCGGUCGCCGGAUGCAACAAAAUGCUUCACAGUGGACGACCAACUUGGAAAUAAAAUCCGUGGUUGUAAUACGGACGAAGACUUUGCAGACAUAUGCAAAGAGUUGGAAAAUUGUUCGGUUUGCAGUUCUGAUGGGUGUAAUGAAGAUACUGUACCAGUGGAAUGCGUGAUUUGCAGUGGACUAGAUCAAUGUCGAAAUGACCCGCAGCGUCGGGUUUGUGAAGAUGCCAAGUUCUACGAAGGAUGUUACACGUAUCUUGGCAGUGGCAGCCUAGAGAAAGGUUGUCUCAAUGAACUGACGAGUGGAGGAACGACUUCGGAUGCCAAGGAAGCAUGUGGUACCGAUAAUGCAUUGUGUCACAAGUGUUCUGAGCCGAAUUGUAACGCAGUUCACUGUUUGAAGUGCGAUUCUAAGAUAGAUGACGAAUGUGUGGAAGGAGACCCGGAUGCAGUCGAGUAUGAAGUAUGCUCACCUGAAGACAAGUGUCUUAUGUUCAAAGAUGAUCAAGGAUACACUAAACGAGGCUGCACUAGCAAUUUUGACGCGCCUGGUGUUGAAACUACCGAUCCUGGCAAAAACUUUGGGCUGGUUCCAAGCGAAGCAAUCAAGUGCUAUCAGUGCAACGAAAACUGCGAUGACCUCAGUGAUGAGCAACUUAAAUAUUGCAGCCGUAAUUCCGUGCUGGGGUGCUAUUACAUUUAUGAUGGAUUUUCCGUUACAAGACGUGGUUGUUUGUCCGAAGAAGGAUUGGGUUGUGGCAAUGAUCAAAAUUGCUUCGACUGCGCAGACAAAGACGGCUGUAACGCGGAAAAAAUCAACGAGUGCUAUCACUGCACUUUUGACGACUCGGAGGGAGAUUGCGUCAGCAGCGGGGAUGCUGCGACUUGUUCUACAACGGGAAACUGCGUGGUAUACAUCAAUGCAGAAGGCAAAUUUGUGCGAGGAUGCGAGAACGAUAUUCCGCCCGCGGAGUCACCGACGUGUGCCAAACCAUGCCAUGGUGAUAAAUGUAACAAUAACGAUGUUUGCGACGCUACAACUGACUGCAAUGGAAUAUGUAGCGUAGCUUCGGCCGCUGAUAAGUGUUUACGUUACCAAAAUGUGGAUCAAGUACAGACGGGUUGUUCCGAAUUUAGGGACGAAACUUGCGGUUUGGACACUGAACACUGCUACGCGUGUGAUCAGAACCUUUGCAACGGAGAAGGUAUGUAUUUAAUCACUAAGAAGAAUAAUUUUGGGUCUCAUCAAGAAUUCCGUUGUCAUUGUAAUAAAUUUAAUUUUAAACUCUUGGACUAA